AUGGAGCGUCCCAAGCUGACAGGCCACCGCCGGCUCCCGCCAUCGCUCAUCGACAAGGACCAGAAAUGCGAGAACUGCCACCAGCCUGGCGCGACCAAGACGUGCACCGGAUGCAAGAUCGAGGACAUAGGCUCCAUUUGUACCCGUUACUGCAGCGAAGCCUGCCAGAAGCAGCACUGGUCUCUCCAUAAGUCCGUUUGUCGGGAUCGUCGCCGCCUUUCCAGGGCAGUCCGACUUCUUUCCGAGGUCUGGGACGCCUUUUCUACUCUCACCUACGACGGAUUUUACUCAUACAAAGUCGAAAAGGGUGGGUUUAUCUCUACCCAUGGCCAGCCAGAUCCACUUGAGGAGCUCGUAUGGACUGGUGGGACUAUAUUCCGCGACUUCCAUCGAGACGUGGUGCCUCAUGGUGCUGACGAGGCGGUGAAACUGGCACUCCUUCAUGACUCUAAUUGCAGCGAAGUCAACACCGUCGGCCUAGAGCUUGUUGGACUCUUUUUGAAGCCUGUUUGUUCCAUCAUUCUAGAGGCGCAUGUGCAUGGGAAAGACCUCGCAAUGUUCAUUGUCCCCCGUCACGGCGUCACAAGAGACAACGGUUCCCACUGGGUGCUCUAUGUGCUGGUGAGCAGCGGCGAGAGGUUCGCCAUCGACAUCACCGGCGCCCAAUUUGGCUGGCACGAAAAGAUGUAUGAGUGGGAUGUCUAUCUUCAGCAUCGCGCCGCUUACAACUAUUCGCAGAAGCUUGGAACCUUCGACUAUCAAUGGUCGACUGAAAUCAUGGUUGAUGAGUCGUCAAACUCUUAUCGAAGACAGUCCUGCGAGCUUCGAGGCGAAAUUUGCAGGGCAGCUGGAGCUGCUCUCAACGAAUUUCUCCUCCUGAAGCAGACAAGUGUUCUCUCGCUACUGUCAGUUCCCGACGCUGAGGCGUUUUCCGCUCAAAAGAUGGAGCUCGUCGAGCGAGCUAUCUCUUCUAUCAAGGAAACAAUCCAUGAAAUCACGGUGGUGCAAGGCAGGGGGAGGUGGUACUUGGAACUGAAAAAGGAUCCCUCUGGCAAAUUCAGACCAAUGCGCAAGGUUGUUGAUCAAGAAAACUUUGCCAAAAAGAUCCGGAAAGCCUAUUUCACACGCGAAGAAGUCGAGACAUUCCGAUUUCUCACUAUGGGCAAUCCCGAGGAGCUCCAGGAAAUUCUACAGGUGAAGAUGUUUCAUCGACAGAAGGAACAUGGUUGCUUGGAUGCUUAG